UUAUCGAAUAAAAGUACAUUUUAAAACUUCUCUCAGUUGAAUCCAAUCACAUAGAAUGUAAAUUGUUGAAAUAUUUAACCAUUUCCCUACCCGCCUCCACCAACGCGGGGUUCCAGCACCAACGACAUGUCACUCCUACCAUGAAAACCCAAAAAAACCCUACAGAAAAGAAAAAGAAAAAAGAAAAGAAAAGAAAAAAAAGUAGCGUAUUCCAUUCUAUUCUAUUCCAUUCGAAACUCGCACUGGCUUCGCUCCCCCUCUUUUCUCUCCCUGCUGCCUUCCUCUGCCCACAACGAUAUCAAACGAGAAAAUCUAUAAUACGAUAUUCGAUUUGUGUUUGAUAUGAGUGAAAUCAAACUAAGGUAUUAAUGUUGCAACUGCCAAGAUAAUUCUCCUGCAAUGUUUGAAGGAUUGGUUCAUCAGUUGCUUCUGGGUUACCUGGGACGAUAUUUCAAAGAUAUCCAGAAAGAGCAACUGAAGAUUAGGCUCGAGGAAGUACUACUGGAGAAUGUAGAGCUGAUACUUGAUGCAUUUGAUUAUCUCCAGCUUCCCUUUGCACUAAAACAAGGUCGAGUUGGAAAGUUAAGCAUAAAAAUUCCAUGGAAAAAGCCUUGGGACCCCAUUAUAAUAAUUUUAGAGGAUGUCUUUAUUUCUGCAUCACAGCGAGGUGAUCAAGAGGUACGUCUUAAUUCCAGCAUUCUGUGUUCAAGCUUCUUUUUUCAAAAGCAACCUAUAACCAAUGACUUGUAACCAUU